CCUGAAACCCUCGAAAAUCGCACCUCCCGUCCAUCCCACUUCCCUCUCCAGUCCACCCAAAGUCCGACGAGCAACCACCCGGCCAUGGCGACCACCGACAUCCGCCUCUCCAUCGGGCACCAGACCCGCUUCGCCCUCCGCCUAGCCUCCGCCAUCUCCUCGCCCUCCCACGCCAAGGGCUCCGCCGGCAACGCCGCCUUCUCCCCGCUCUCGCUCCACGUCGCGCUUAGCCUCGUCGCGGCCGGCGCCGGCGGCGCCACCCGCGAACAGCUCGCCGCCGCGCUCGGGUCCGCGGAGAAAGGCGGGUCCGAGGACCUCCACGCGCUCGCCGAGCAGGUGGUUCAGGUCGUGCUCGCCGACGCGUCGGGCGCCGGCGGCCCGCGGGUCGCCUUCGCCAACGGCGUCUUCGUCGACGCGUCGCUCAAGCUCAAGCCUUCCUUCAAGGAUCUCGCCGUGGGCAAGUACAAGGCCGAGACGCAGUCCGUGGACUUCCAAACUAAGGCUGCUGAAGUUGCUGGUCAGGUGAACUCCUGGGUAGAGAAAAUCACAACAGGUCUCAUCAAAGAGAUCCUCCCUGCAGGGUCUGUUGACAAUACCACUAGACUGGUUCUUGGUAAUGCCCUUUAUUUCAAAGGAGCCUGGACUGAGAAGUUUGACGCGUCCAAGACAAAAGAUGAGAAGUUCCACCUCCUUGAUGGGAGCUCAGUUCAAACACCAUUCAUGUCCAGUACAAAGAAGCAAUACAUUUCGUGUUCUGACAGCUUGAAGGUACUGAAGCUUCCUUACCAGCAAGGCGAGGACAAGAGGCAGUUCUCCAUGUACAUUCUUCUUCCAGAAGCACAGGAUGGUCUCUGGAACUUGGCCAACAAGUUGAGCACCGAACCAGAGUUCUUGGAGAACCAUAUCCCAAUGCAGAAGGUUCCUGUCGGGCAGUUCAAGCUUCCGAAGUUCAAGAUAUCAUUUGGAUUUGAAGCGUCUGAUAUGCUCAAAGGUUUGGGUCUCCAGCUGCCGUUCAGCGCAGAGGCUGAUCUUUCGGAGAUGGUGGAUUCAUCGGCGGGCUUAUACGUCUCGUCCGUUUUCCACAAGUCGUUUGUCGAGGUGAACGAAGAAGGCACCGAGGCUGCCGCGGCAACUGCUUCUGUGGUCACACUUAGGUCACUGCCAGUAGAGCCCGUGAAGGUGGAUUUCGUCGCGGAUCACCCUUUCCUCUUCCUUAUCCGAGAAGACCUCACAGGCGUGGUGCUAUUCGUCGGUCAUGUGUUCAAUCCCUUGGUGUCUCCAUGAUGUGUUUGCUCUGGAUCGCUGCAUUGGCAGUGACCACAACUAUCACAUGUGAGUGGAGGGGGUUUCAACUUUAGAUCAUGCUGCCUGUGCAAUAAAUCCGGUGGAUGUUUUUUGUUUUCGAAUAAUGGCUUGCUUGAUGUAUGGAGGUUGUGGUGAGUUAGUGACAAUAAUCCAGGAUUGCUGUGGAGUUUUGUGCUUUCAGUUGCUUGAUGCAUGAGAUGGAGGUUGUGGUGAGUUAGUGACAAUAAUCCAGGAUUGCUGUGGAGUUUUGUGCUUUCA